GAUAAUUGGAUAAAAAUGGAUCAUAAGGAAGAGUAUCAUGAUCCGGAUUAUCCCGAAAUGCCUGUUAAUGUAAAGGAAGAGGCGCCGAUCAUCUCUGAAGAGGAUAAAAUUGAAAAGAUAAAACAAAUUAUACAGCGCGAAUUUAGAAACGAAUUAAACACGAGAGAAAACGAAGUAAAGCUUAUAGAUCAAAGAAUGACUUCCGCGAGAAGAUAUCUCCAUCAAGUAAGAUACGCGCUCGUAAAUAACUACUACAAGGAUCAAAAACUACAACUGACCGGGAGUCAGAUAGAAGAUGACAUCGCUCAGCAGACUGAACCCAGGGCGAGAUCUGAAGUUUCGUCGAUUCUCCGAGAAAGUCAGCGCCGCCUACAUCCGUCGGUCCGGAAGCUCCUCGGCAAACAGACUGUCAAUAUAGAAGAGAUAUUCAGAUCGAGGGAACCUAGGAAUAAAUCUAGGAUUAAUUAUUCUACUAUGGUACAGCCAAAGAACGUAACAAUAUCCGCAGACUCAACAGUGUCUCUACGUCCUCCAAGCAUAGAGAAUGUAAAAGAAGACGAGCCUUGCUCCAGCAGACCCAAGAAGGUACCUCGCCAUCUCGAUCCUAAGAUCAGUAAUGUGGUCACUCUUGAUGAGAUCACGAGAAACAAAAAGAAGCAUAGGUUUAGGAUUAUUAUAGGUAAUACAUCGAAAUACGCGCCCCCGGCUUCCCGUCUAGAUCGUUCGACCCACAAGUGGCUACUAUACGUGCGUGGCCCACCGUCCCACCCGGAUCUGUCUCGCGUGAUAUCCGCUGUAGACGUCCAGCUACACCAUUCGUACGCUCCACACCACACUGUACAUAUAGACAAGCCCCCCUUCCAGGUGUCCCGGAGGGGGUGGGGAGAAUUCCCAGCUAGAGUCACCCUCCACUUUCCGCUACCAGACCGGAACCGGCCCGCAACCGUUUCUCACACUAUCAAGCUGGACAGACACUACACUGGCUUGCAGACCCUCGGUGCUGAAACAGUAGCAGACGUGUGGCUAUACAGUACGCCGGAAAUGCUAGAAUUUGAAUACAAAGCUGAUGACGAACAAACCGUCCAACCUGAGAAACCGCCGCAGCAAAUAAAACAAGAGGAACCACAGGACGUACCGAUGUUAGAUCCUGAUGAAUUAAAAGAAACACAAAACGAUAGCUGGCUAGACUUCUUUGCAAAAGACACAACAGAAGUUAACGUUGAUGAAAUGUUCGUUAAGAAUAUAAAGAAAGAAAUACAAGACAGAGAGACAGAGAACACACAAACGAACGAACAGAUAAUAUCGAACGGAGUCGAACAUGAUAUUGAAACUAAAGAUAUAAAGAUCGAAGCUCCUCCAAUAGAAGAUUCAAAUAAACACAAAAAACGUAUAAUGAAAUAUAUGGAACCGACGACCAGAAAAAUAUAUUAUCUAGAAGUUGACAGAGAUCUGGAUCUAUCUAAAGUUCAAGAAAUAGUCAUAAAUUCUCAGGGUGAAAUGCAGACGGCUAAAAUAAGUCCGAUCAAAUCGAACGGCUUGAAACAUGUUAAGAAAAAACCUGUGUCGCUAUUGAAGCCGGAGAUCAAGAAUCAGUUGAAGAGAAACGUUGAAUCGGAUAAGAUUGUGAGAAAUAAAUUUCAUCACAUAGAAAACGAUCAUUGUUACUUAGCGACAAGUUGGACGAUACAAGAGAGGAAAGUUGGCGAAGUUAAAAGUGAAUCCGUUUGUGAUAAGCUUAAAACUGUUUUGACGAGGUUUUCUUGCGCCAGAGUGAUUGUUAGUUAUUUGUUGAAGAAAAUACCUUUAAUAAACACGGAAGCGAGGAAUCCGAAUUUUGUCCAGUGUUUGCCGUUUGUUGUGGACAGCGAUGAGAAGUAUUGGAAAUUGGAUUUCGCUAAACGGAGAAAUAUGGAGUGGUCCAGAGCAAAGUUAAUCAACAAAAUGUUAACCGAACGCUUCGAAACCGAUCCGACAAAAAUUUGGAGAACAAAACAGAUUCUAUUAUUCUCUAGACUGCACGGCUACUACCCAGUCAGACCAGAUAUUGUUAAAAGGGAACCGGAAAUGGAAACAAACGAAUGGUCAUCUUGGAACGAUCUGGAAAAUUCCAGACAACUGGAAUCCAAUAUCCGGAAACUUUAUCCCAAUCCAUCGGAUAUAUGCAGCUUAUCUUUGUUCAAUAGUGACGAAUAUGUUGAAAGAGAUUCAACGGAAUCGUUUGAUUUGUGUGAUACGGAUGAAGAAAUUGAUAUAAUGAGUACGGAUCAGCCGGUAAAAGUGAAAAGUGUUAAAGAUGAAACUAAUGUUGAUUUAAUUCCGUUGCCCGUGGAUAAAGAUGAGAAAUUGAGGUUCUUCUAUGUGGAGAAAGUUUGUUCGGACAUUGGCAUCGAGUUGAGGAACGAGGAUGUAGGAAAUGGGUACAGUUAUAGUGCGGUCCACAGUGUCCUGCUGACAGCGGCCAAGUGUUUCGCUGAAGAACUUCUCCGUACUUCGCUUGCAGACCAGACAAGUCUCGCCAACGACCCACAGCUUCCAUCCAUCUGGACGGGGUCAUCAGUGUCCACUCUAGUUCGCCUGGAGCACGUGUACCGAGCGAGUCGCGCCCACCGCGCCAACAUCCUGAGCGCUCACGGGCUCGGCUCCGAGAGGAAGCAGACGCACGCGCUCUAAUAUACCGCCUUAUAUCA